AUGCGAUUCCUAGACUCUACCAUAUUAAAAUCUACCACAAACGAAGCUGGCCUCGACGCCAAAUUUUUGCAGGAAAAUGGAGAUAAAUACCAUCAGGCUUUGGGGGUCAAAGCACAUUAUAACGAAGUGACAACCUGGUUCGAGGAAAUUCCAGAUUCACCAUAUAGUAAGGCCGAAGACGAUUUACAAAUCGCUCUUUAUGAAUACAAUAAAACAACCGAAGAGAAAUACCGACUAGACCUUGACUCCUAUACUCUCGAUGAAGUCCUUCUUGAGAUAGCCGAAGCAGAUGGUCGGUAUAAUGAAAAAGAAAAAGGCAUCGCUGGCGCCCAUCGUUAUGCUGGAAGAUUUGCUGGGAAUAAUGCGGAUGCUCUCCUCCCUUGGCUAGAGUUGAUUCCUAACGACCAUGGAAUGAGUGUCCUUGCCGGUGGUCUAAAGGCUAUUUUGAACAAGAUUCUCGGCGCCUUGCAUGAAAUCCCCGAUGUGAUGUUUCAGACUCAGAAGCAACAAGAGGUUUUCUCUGCGGUUCCAAAAAUCAGAAACCAGGCGAUUUAUCUUUACAAAAUUCUUGCGCAUUGCCUCGCAUACCUGAUCACAACCCUUAAUCCAAGCAGGUCAAAAGAAAAGUUUAGAGAAAAAGCCAAAAGACUGGGAAAGAAGUUCAUUCCGUACCGAUCUGCAGCAGAAAUAGAUGGGCUCCUUGGUGAUGUAGAGACAAGUGUUGGCAAGUUCCGCGAUUGUUUGCAAUUGGUACGCGAUGAGUAUAUUGUGGCCACCCACGAGAAUAGCAGGGUGAUUCUUGAUCAAGGGUCCAUCAUCCAGGAGAAUACGGAAAAUAUGGGAGAACAACUUGAACAUAUUCGACAAGAUAUGAAAUCUCUGAAAAGAUGCCUCGACGCCAGCCGUAUAGAGCAACAAAUCCGGCACAGCCAUGCAGUGAAUUCUCAAAACUUCUUUCUUGGGUUCGUUCGAUCUGAUCCCCCCGCUCUAGAGGCACCAUUCCUGGCUAGCUCAUAUAUCAGUCAACCGCAAUACCUACAGCCCUUUCUUACUGACACCGAUUUAUUUGAUGCUAUCGGAGUGCAAGUUCAUGAGUCGAUUGAAGACGUCGAACGCAUACUCAAACAUCGGGAUCAAUUUGAUAUCGCCGCUCAAACCCAGGCACAGCAGCUACUUUCCUCCGAGCAAUUUAUGGGAUGGAUGAAAUCACCUCUUCCCGAGACACUCUUUGUGAAGGGACAUUUUCAAAUGGUCGGUCCCGGCCGUAUCUCGGUGUUGUCAGCAUUGUUUGCGACUCUUUCCCUCAAUCUCAUAAAAAACACCGAUUACGUCGUUCUUCACGCCUUCUGUGGUCUGCACGAAGCCCAGAGUCAUCAAAGUGUGGGACCGAACUGGUUGAUUCGAAGCCUAAUCGCGCAAUUGCUCCUUUCUGGUAUCAACUUGAAUCUCGACUGUAUCAACACUCGAGCAUUUGCGGAAGGGAUUAAGUCACACCAUCUGCAGGAUCUUUGCAGUAUAUUCCGGCUGCUGAUUGAGCAACUUCCGAACACCGUCACUGUGAUUUGCAUCAUCGAUGGUGUUAAUCGGUUCGAAUCUGAGAUCUGGAAAGCUGACAUGAUUGAGAUUUUAUUCAUCUUAAACCAGAUUGUGCUGAAUGAGUCCCUGAGGCCGGCUUUCAAGUUACUUUUAGCUACCCCAUUCUCCAAUACUCGAUUUGUUGAGAAUCCUAAUACCAUCUGGUCUCAUUAUACUGUCAAUCUCCGGCCUACUGCGGUGACUAGUGGUCGACGGAUUUCCGAAAGAGGAUUGUUUCGUGGGCGAUCAUUGGAGGAGUAUCGAGCGAGAUUGCAGCAGAAAGAGCAGAACUUGGCUCAGGAUUCGGAUGGUGAAGAGAACUCGGACUCGGAUGAUGAUGACAUAGUACUUUUUUUUUGA